CGUACUGAUGUAGAAGUGGUGUUUUGUACAUAUAUUUAUAAUACAUCUAUUAUGACUGCGAUAACUCAUAAAAAUUUUACGUUAAAAUCGGUCGAAUUAAAAAAAAAGUUUUAAUAAAAGUGAAUAUUUUUUAACGACUCAUUAACAUUAUUUUUUUUUAUCAUUCGGAUGUGCGAUGGUUUGACACGAGGACCGGGUUAUCAUUAAUGUUAAAACGACAAACUGGAAAUACUAUGACCAUCCAAAACGUGAGCCUCGACAACGGUGCUUCUGGAACUUCUUCGUCUGAGGCUAUGUGCGAGAAAUCGAACAAAAACGGACACAUCAGUUUCAGUGUGGCAUCGCUUUUAGCGGACACCAGGCCGAACACCAAUAAUAAUAAUAACAACAAUAACAGUAACAGAUCAACAUCGCCGGUUUCCCAAAACUCAACCCUUCCAAAUUCAAGCCCACCACACCAAUCAAGCGAUGAAGAGUACGAUUCAAACGCCGAAGACUCGAUCGUUGACGUCGAAGAUCUUAAUUCCGAUAACAAAGAUUCGGAAGAUGCUAAAGACGCGGAAAGUUUCGUCGCGCAAAGAGACUUUGGUAGAGAAAAUGUGUUGAAUCAAGCCCCGAUUAGACCAACACCUUUCUCUGCAUUAGCCGCCGCUGUUUAUCAAGCGGCUCAUCCUAAUUGGCCACAUCAAAGUCUUGUUAAUCCAUUUGCUGGACCAGGACCUAUGUUUCAAGGACCUACACCUUUUGGCGUACCAAAUUUAAAUUCAGAGUCGAACGGGGAAGCACCGAAGCUGAAAUGUAAUCUACGGAAGCACAAACCGAACAGAAAACCUAGGACACCAUUUACUACGCAACAACUGCUUGCUUUAGAGAAGAAAUUCAGGGAUAAACAAUAUUUAAGCAUAGCUGAAAGAGCCGAAUUUUCAAGUUCAUUACGAUUAACAGAAACACAAGUUAAAAUUUGGUUUCAAAACAGAAGAGCAAAAGCUAAACGUUUACAAGAAGCGGAACUAGAAAAGUUAAAAAUGGCCUCCUUUUCAAGACAUCCACACGCGCUAUAUCCUCACCCCGCUUUGCAAGGAUAUUUUCAGCAUGGAGCGGCGGCUCACCCUUUGGCUUCGCUUUUGGGGGCGACCAGACCCCCGAUGGCUCCAAUGGGGUUGAUACCCCAACCGUCACCCCAUUUGGCCUCACCCCAAAGCGGUGGUGGCACCGGUAACGUUCGGACGCCCAGCCCUCAUAUGUCCUAAAGAAAUAGAGAAUUUGGAAACGGGAAGGGAGGGCUCUAACUGGAAUAAGAGAGGAAACCGUAUACGUGAUUCCACAGUUGCAAUAUGUAAUUUAUUUCUUGCUCCCCUUCCGAAAAGGCGGAGUAAAUAUAUUGUGAUGAUUAUGGUAAUAAUAAAGGGCAAUGUCAAUCUGAAAAUAGUUCGACGUUGUUGUUGUUAUUAUUAUUAUAGCUUACUUGUAAAUAAUUAUUAUUACUUUAAUUUAUUACGAUAUUUUUU